GCCAAAGCAGCGGCCAGCAUUAAAAAAUGAAAUGUGGACUGUGAAACCUUUAUCCGAUGGCCCGGUAAAAAGAACCAUCCUUGCAAAGCUCCAGUAUGUGCAUAGUUGAGCAUGCAACUAUAUGCUUGUCUUGAUGAUAUGCUGGCGAAUGAAGCUCGGAGGAAGGCAAGUUCAUUUGAGAUUAGGCAUGUUGAUCCAACUGUGGACGUUGAAGCUGAUGAGGGUGAUGAUUACACACAUGACACAUCUCCCGGUAAAUUUGAUCUGCUCAUAUCUGAUCAUGGGCUAGUUCGUGAUAUGUGUGUGAUCUUUCUCGCAAUCAGCAUUCUGCAGUUGUUCUUCAGGGACGAGUUGUGGAAGCCCUUUCCAGGAAAAAGCAGGGUAGGUGCUCUUUCAACUUCAUUGGCCAUUCUUAUGGAUUCAAACACUGCUCAUUUUCCUGAUCUGGUAAUGAGUUGGCUUAUUAAUAUUCAGUAUAUAUUUGCCGCUGAAUUGUCUGAUGAUAAAUCAAACACAAAUUUAGAGAAAAUGCUAUCCAACAGGAUUUCUCCAAGUGCAGAGAUUGAAGAUUUUCAGGGGCCUCGAGAUCUUGCUGUUGCUCCCCACAAUAAACUGCAUUUGACCCCAAGAGCAAUAAAUUUUGAAUGUCUAAAUUCUCUUUGAUCCUCAGCAGGCUAAUGCAUUAAAAGCGUUGGGAGAUGCAGGUUCAGCUACAAAACCCUUGAUAUCCAGUGCGAGUGCAGGGCAAAGCUUAUGACUCAUUAAGGAGUGUUGUACUUGAUAUUAAAGAAAUGGGGUUGAAUGAACCGAUAAUGAACCUCCACGCGUGCCUUUGCAUCUCUGAAUUUCUUGUAUAAAUUAAAGCAUGAGAAGCUUCACAUUAUCAGUGCUAAAAAAUUUACUAAGUUUCACUAAAAACAGGUCCUCACUGGGUUGACCCAGAGUAUCUCUAGCACCAAGUUCCAUCUUGGAAAUAGUCCGAACGACAGUGUCCUGGAUAUGUUACCAAAAGUUACUAAAGAGGAACUAUUGCAUCAUUGGACUUCGGUGCAGGAACUCUUGGAAACACUUUUGGUCAAAAAGUACCUCUAUUAACAAGGAGCUUGAAUAUCAGUGAGUUGAUAUGGUGGGGCACAAUAUGUUGAAGCGACUCUUGUCCAUUUUACAGGUUUCACUAAAAUUGUAUCCUAACUGGCUAUCCAUCAUCAGGUCACCAGAUUGAAAGACGCAAUGUCCCAAAGUUGCAGGAGAUGAAGGAUCUGUACAGUCUGAUUUCAGGCAUCAGGUUAGCACUAGCUUGCAUGUAGCCGCGAGAACAUUGCAGUUGCACGUGUCAAAAUUUAAGAUCCCGUAGCUGCAACUUAAAUUGAGAGGACCUUGUUGUAGGACUACGAUGCAGAUGUACAGAGGAGAUCUGCUAAGAGCGGAGAGAGACCCAAUGGGUUUACGUAGUGUGACUUCACCCUUGUUUCACUAUCCAUUGUGUCGCAAAAUUUUGAUCGUCUUUUUCAUGAAAAGAAUGACAUUCACAUUUCUUCCACUUGCUAAGGUUUUGGAAUGCAUCAUAUUUGGAAAAUUUAUUUAAGUGACUCUUUCAGUGUUUUCUAGUGAAUAGAAGGAGAAGCCAAUUUUAUUGAGUUGCA